AUGACUGAUUUGGGCUGCAAGAAACAUAGUGACUGCACUGUCUCCAGGCUGCUCAAUGUGGUGGAGAAUGAGCUCCAAGCUGGCAGAGACAAAGGAGACCCCACUGAAAAACAGCUCCAGGUUGUCUUAGAGGAUGCUGCACUAUGGCAGAGAUUCAGAGAAGUUACUAAUGAGAUGAUUGUCACGAAGAAUGGCAGACGGAUGUUCCCUGUCUUAAAGAUCAGUGUCUCGGGCUUAGAUCCCAAUGCCAUGUAUUCUUUCCUGCUUGAUUUUGCUCCGACUGACAGCCACCGCUGGAAGUAUGUGAAUGGAGAAUGGGUCCCAGCCGGAAAGCCAGAGCCGUCGAAUCACAGCUGUGUCUAUAUCCAUCCAGACUCUCCCAACUUUGGGGCGCACUGGAUGAAGGCUGCGGUAUCUUUCAGUAAAGUGAAACUUACCAACAAGUUGAAUGGCAAUGGGCAGAUUAUGUUGAAUUCUCUGCACAAAUAUGAGCCGCAGGUUCAUAUUGUUCGAGUUGGAGGCCCACACAGGAUGGUAAUGAAUUGUUCCUUUCCUGAAACUCAGUUCAUAGCUGUGACUGCUUACCAAAAUGAAGAGAUAACAGCUCUCAAGAUCAAGUACAACCCCUUUGCCAAAGCUUUUCUGGAUGCAAAAGAAAGAAACCACCCCAAGGAUGCUUCAGAUAUUGUCUCUGAAAGUCAGCACAUCACAUAUUCUCACUUGGGUGGCUGGUUGAUUUCUAACCCAGAUGCCAUGUGCACAGCAGGAAGUUCAAGCUAUCAGUAUGGUGGGACUUUUCCUCUGCCUGCUGCCCAUUCUCACCACGGCUGUGAGCACUAUUCGGCCCUUCGAGGACAUAGGGCUGUUCCAUACCCUGCUUCAUACAUGCAAAGAAAUCACUCUCCAACAGUGAAUUUGAUAGAAAGCAGCAACAAUGAACUUCAAGUACCAUCGGUCCACGAAGGCUGGGCUGCAGUACCCUCCAGUCACCAUGGCAACUUGCUCCCAGUGCCUCACAACAGUGGUACGGCCACCCCAGGUCCGAGCCACUAUCCAUGCCUAUGGACAGUCAGCAACAAUGCCCUCAAUGUGGCCAACCUUGCGAGUGAUGCAAGCAGCAGCCCUCCUGGACCAUUCCUGAGAAGCAACAUUGCACUGCCUGCCACAUCGUCCUCUGCUUCAAUUCCGUUGCAGGGUACAGUUGCCGGCAGCAUGGAAGCACAACUGGAGCCCACUUUCUCUAGGUUAACAGAGUCCACCUGGGCAUCUGUAGCCUCCCAUUCGUUUUAAAGGACCACUGGGCAGUGCAAGAAUGCCUGGUAACACCCUGGACAGAACAGGAUUUAAGGCUGCCAUUCUUGCAGCAAAGAAAAGAACAUGUUUAGUGAUGUGCCGGCUUUUCCAAAUCUUGAAAUCUUGGAUGGUGAAUUGGGCAAGUAUCGUAGGACCAAAAGAAGAACAGGAGACCCCCUCUGCUGUUGCAGUUCCCAGCCUUACAGGCACAGAGUAAAACAAAUCCCGAUGAGGAACUCUUGCUACCUGUCAUGUCAAAUAAGAGAUGAGGAAAGACUCCCACUAAGAAGACAUAGAACUUAUAAUUAUUUCAAUCUAUUUUCAUAUAGGUCAGAUGGUUUCUCAGGAACCUAUUCAUUACUGAAAGACAUUACAUCACAGUGCUCUCCUUGAACACUGUCUCUUGAAAGGACAUUGCCAUGACUUCUUCAGAGUUUAAGCUAUAAGAGAGACCAAAUGAGUAAGGAUAUAUCUCAUUGAACUAACCUACUGGUGAAAAUAAGAACCUAUUCUGCUCAUUCUCUUCAACCACCCCUGUUUUGAAUGUCUAUUGUAGGUUGUAAGUGCUUUAAGAUCGGAACUGUGUCUCUUCGUGUUGUGAGCAACACUUAGCAUGCCCACCUGGGAGAGGGGAGAUUGUCAUUGUAUUCCCACCAGCAAGUUCACCCAGCAGAUGCUAACUCUAAUUUUUGUAAUGCUUGGAGUCCUUUUGGUGUUUAUAAAAAUACUUUUAUAAGUGUUUUGUAAAGGCCUUAUAUGCUGUUCUCAUAUAUGGAAGAUUUCUGAUUCUCUGUGUGAUUUAUUCUGCUCACACAGUGGACAGAAUGUUGGACUACAUUGAUCUGAUCUAACAGGGCUCUUAUGUUCUUAUGACGGUUGCGCUCAUGCAAGUUGUGGACUUGCCAUCGUACAUAUUUUCAUUAACAAGCCAUGUGCACAACCAGAUGAUCAGCCACAGCUACUGGCAAUCACUUCAUUUCUUUUUCUUCACUUGGCUCAGUCACAAAAAUAAAUCAGUUGCUAAUCCAUGACCACACACUGAAGUUGGUCAAUAUGAGCAGGUGCCCAGGGAAGGGCAAAAUUGCACAAAUUAGUCCUAUGAUCAUCCAUCUCCAACUUUAUAAUAUGGUCAAUGUUACUUCCUUUACUAUUGCUAUGUAGUGUUCAUGCAUGAAGAAUGCCAUCAUGUUCUAACACUGCUAAAUGUUGAGUACACUCCAUGGCAGAUGAGUUCACCAUCCAAGAGAUUUGUGGUGUGUUUUCAUGAUCUUCUUGAGAAUUAACAUGU